AUGUCUCACAACCGGUUUGAUGAAAUCAUUUCUCUUUUCCACGCCGCAAACAACGACGACGAGAAGAAGAAAGGAGAGGAUGGGUAUGACCGCUUGUACAGAGUGCGCCCCGUUCUCACACGCCUAAACAGAAAUUUCUUAGCUGCCGCAGAAAUGGAGCCAUGUUUGGCGGUGGACGAAAUGAUGAUUCCUUUCAAAGGUAGGCACAGCCUGAAAGUCUACAUGCAGAAAAAACCAAGAAAAUGGGGCUACAAAGUAUGGACGUUAGCUGGUAGGUCAGGUUACGUGUACCGGUUCGAGCUGUAUGGUGACAACCUUGUCUCUGAGCUGGCGGACCUUCAUCAUGCAAUUGGCGAAAGUGGGAAGAUAGUGGUGCGUCUGACAGAAGUCUGCGAAGGAAAAGAAGUGUUCUGCGACAACUUCUUCGCGUCUUCUGAACUCCUUGCUGAAAUGAAACAGCGUGAUCUGGAAUGCACUUCAACUCUCAGAAGCGGGAGGACUGGUCGUUGUCCCCUGCAAAAUGAAAAGGAGCUCAAAACAAAUGGGCGUGGCUCAUUUGAUUUCCGCCACGAAAAAGACAGUGGAAUUGUGAUCUGUCAGUGGUAUGACAACCGAACUGUAACGAUUGGAUCAAACAAGCACAGUGUGAACCUUGUGGGGUCUUGUCGGAGGUAUGACCGAAAGAAGAAAUCCUUCGUUGAUGUCCAAAGACCCAGCCUUGUGAAAGUCUACAACCAAAGUAUGGGUGGUGUAGACAGGGCAGACCAGCUGCUUGCCUUCUACAGGAACGACCUGAAGACGAAAAAAUGGUAUAAGAGAAUCAUUUUUCACCUGCUCGACCUAGCCGUCGUAAACAGUUGGCUAUUGUAUCGUGCCACAAAGGGAUUAGUGAUGCAACUGGCUCACUUGCAAGCUGCAGAUUGCAUUGGGCUUGAUUAA